CGCCCUACAAGCAUAGAUAGAAUCAAAACACAUCUUCUUUUCAAGUACAAAGCGAAAAGAAAGCUUCACAAACCGCCCAAUCCAUUCCCUCACCAAGUCACAACACCACCACCACUCUGUUUCAUAAACGUCUAUUCUUCUUAUUCUUCUUCUUCUUCUUCUUUGCAGAGCAGAGUCAAUUAAAAAUCCCGUCUUGAAUGGUAGAGACCGUCUUCACUUUCAUGCUUUCUUCUUCCUCCUCUGCGCGUACGCAACCCGCGCAGCUCUAUUCCACUCAUUCGAUUCUCUCUCUCUCUCUUCUUCUCUCCUCUCUCUCUUCCUCUUUCGGUUCUUGCAAACAAGCCUGGUACUAUCGCUGCCUCGGCCUCGACCCCUAAAUCAUAUCACCAGUCAGAUCAUCUUUAUCGACCCUUUUGUCUUUUCGUUGGGUAUAAGUGAAAAAAACCCCAAAAACAAAAAACAAAAAAAACCCAAAAACAAAAGUUCAAAAAAAUAAAAAAUGAAGAGGAGUGUAUCUGAGAAAUUGCUGUCCCAGAAGCAGAAGAAGAAGAGUGAAUCUGAGAAAUUGCUGUCACAGAAACAGAAGAAGAAGAAUGAAGAGAGUCAGAGUGGGAAGAAGAAUCGAUUCUUGAUCACUGUCAAUGUUCUUGGAAGCGCUGGACCCAUCAGAUUCGUGGUGAAUGAGGAAGACAAUGUUGCUACUGUUAUUGAUACUGCUUUGAAAUUGUAUGCCCGUGAAGGCCGCCUUCCUGUUCUUGGUUCCGACAUCACUAAUUUCCUCCUUUAUCCUGCCAAUGCUGGAUCCGAUGUGAAUCCAUGGAUGCAGCCCUUUGAUUUGGCUCUGAAUCCAUCAGAGGCGGUAGGUUCAAGUGGAGGAAGGAAUUUUGUGCUGUGCAAGAACCAGAAGCAACCACAGAUGACAGAAGGUAGGGCAGAGAUGAUUGCUGGGAAGGGAAGGGGAAGUGGAAGUUGGAAGGCAUGGCUGAAUAGGUCCUUUACCUUCAAGAUAUCAUCUCAUUAAAUUAUAUAUAUGCUUGGUAUUGUAAGGUCAGUUGUGUUACUGAUUCCUUUUAGUGUCCUUGUGUUCAGGUGUGUUCUCUGUAUUAUUAUGAUUAUGAUUGUGAUUGUGAUCACAUAUGAUCUUCUAUUGACCUUUAUGCCAUAUUGUAUGAACAAUAUGUUUUACAUGAAUAAAGUCAGUAGUUUGUCUUACAAUUA